GUGGGAGCAUUGAAACGCGGGAAGUUCACUCUGCGGUUGCCUUCGUCUCUGCGAGGCGUGAGUGGCUUGACGGCAAGCAAAACGAAAGGGUUGAAGUUGAAGCGCAAAAAACUGAGUCGGGUCUGGUUCCAACACACCUCGCAUUGGGUUCCUGCCACCGUGGUGGAGCUACUUCAGGUUUCACCGUUUCAGAGUUCACUCCCGCCGGCAAACUCCUAGUCCCCUCAGGUUCGUCUUCUAAAGGUUUGCACUUACACUGCUGCUGCUACAUGGAGCCUUUUACCAUUCUUCACAAGGCGUCAUCUCGCAAAACCGACAAAAUAUCAACUGGAACAGGGAAAAGCAGAACCACGAGGCGGAUUGACUUAACUGCUUCGUUGCCUGCUAGCACAGACAUUUCGGAUGUAAAUGCUGCAGAAUCCAAUGAACGUCAUUAUUCGAAUAUGCGGAUGGAAGCAUUUGAGGCUGUUUGGUCUAGCACUGAAUCGUCCAUCAAGGAUGUCUUGAGAGAAGCUAAUGCAACCAUAUUCAGUGAAAUACAUGAGUGGGUUCGUGAUUCAUUUGACACAAUUGUCUCAUUCGGGGUUCCAAACUUUCAUGAAGCAACGCAGCCUUUUCCAGUUGUGAAAGAUGCCACAUCUAAACAAAUCUUUACUGGAUUGGUUUUAACCAGUGAGUACUCUAAGGGAAUAUCGAAUUUGUCGAUGAUUUGGUGACGUUUGAAGAUCUUAAACAACAUUUGAAGUCUCAAGGAUGCCAUGUGGCUAACCUUUCAUCAGUGGAUUUUUCUUCAAAAAACGGUGUUGGCACUUGUCUAAGAAGCUUGUUGGGACAGUUCGUAACGGGCUCACUGGAUACGGCCGAUAUAUCCAUGUUAGCAACAUGGUACAAAGAGCAACAAAACAAUGACAAUCCCGUGGUCAUAAUUAUCGAUGAUAUGGAGCGAUGUUGUGCAUCCAUUUUAUCCGAGUUUAUUCACAUGUUAAGUGAAUGGGUACUAAAGGUCCCUGCCAUUUUAAUAAUGGGAGUUGCAACAACCGUUGACGCCCCAAGAAAUGUGCUUCCUUCGAAUGCACUACAUCGCUUGCAUGCUCGCAAGUUUACCUUUCAGAGUUUGCCAGAAAAAAUGAAUUACGUUGUUGAGACUGCCUUCGUGAAGCAAUCUUCUGAGUUCACCAUAAGUCACAAGACUGCUGUUUUUAUGAGAAAUUACUUUGUACACCAAAACGGAUCAGUUACAUCAUUCAUAAGAGCUCUAAAGAUAGCAUGUGCCCAACAUUUCUCAACACAGCCUCUAUGCUUCAUACUCCACUGGUUUCUUCGUGACGAGGACAAUGAGGUUCCACAAAGCCAUAUUUAUGGAUUAUCACAAGAAAGGAUGCUCAAGCUUGCUUUUGACCUUCCAUCUUGGAAGAGCACUAACAAUCAAAUAACUCAACUUAGUGGAGAAACUUUGCUUGAUGGGUUAACACAAUUGAAGAAACUUCACAAAACUUGGAGAAUGGUUGUUUUGUGCCUAUAUGAAGCUAUAAAGGGAGAAAAUGUUCAAUUGUUGGACUUGAUGUGUGAAGCCCUUGAUCCUAAAGGACCCUUUGCUUCUCAAUUUGAUAUCGGAUCCAGAGUGCUACCAAGUGAUGAUUCCACGAGCCAAAAGUUUCAUAGUUUAGAAAAGAAUAAAGGUUUGAUUAAUCGAGCGAUCCGUAGGGUGAAGGAACUUCCAGCAAACCAGCUGCUAGUGUUGAUGAAGGCUUGGGAAAAACACACGGUUGAUGUUCCCGAGUUUCAUUCUGAAGUGAAGGCGUUGGUGCUCUCUUUGUUGAAGUUGGAGGAGAAUGGGGAAAGUUUGAAUCAGAAUAAGGUUGAAAUGACCAAUACCAGGAAACAAGCAUUAAGAGGCCACUUAAAUGGUGCUGAUAAGAACUUGAGAGUGGCAAACGAGAAAGCUAGCAACCUAGUGGAUUUAAUGGUCAGGAGAUAUAUGUGCCCGGUCGAGUGUGUGGCUCUACAUGAAGUGUUGUGCUUUGACUGUGUUGAUCAACUUCAAGCGGCUUUAAUUGGUGACAUGAGAAGACGAAUCCAGAUGGAUCUUCAGGAUUUCCACGCUAUAAUCCGGUGCAGUUGCUGCAGCAAGAGAGGCAGUACCAUUUUGCCAUCAAUGCCGGAUUCCUCGAUUAUGUACACUUUGGCUCAGGAGCAUGGUGAUGUGGUUAAUGUGCACGACUGGUAUCAGUCGUUUAAAUCUGUAGUUCUUUCCACACAUAUGGUUAGCAAGAGAGGUAAGUCGAGGUCAAAGCAACACUCCCCGACGCCAAAGAAAAGGAAGACAACGAGUGAACUUUCACAGCCAAGUGAAGCGUCCAUCCAAGCACGAUUCUGCAAGGCCAUAGUGGAGCUUCAAGUUACAGGGCUUGUUCGUAUGCCCAACAGAAGGCGCCCAGAUUACUUGCAGCGGCUUGCUUUCGGGUCGUAAGCUGCUGCUGCUUGGCCGUAGAAAGGAGUGAUUUCGGUGACGAAUGAAUCUGACAUUCCAUCUUGGAUACGAGGUUAGCAUAAGCUGCCAGUAAGUUGAACGAGAAGCUAUUGAGAGAUGCACCUUCAUUGGUCAAUGGUUCAGACUAGUUUGUAAAAGUUCGUGUAUUCCUGGUUCCAAACCUUAAUUAAACAGUGACAGCAAUUUCGCUAAUGCGUUCACCGUCCAAAAACU